CCACAUGUAUGGUGCUGAUCCCUUCUUCCAUCACAUUCAAAUCUCUCAUUAACUUACUCAAUUCAAACCCACUACCACACGCUGAGAUGCCCAGUAUAUAUACACACAUAAUCACCCCUCACACCAUCUCAAUUCUCCACCCCCACACACACACACAAAGAUAUCAAGAAGAUGAAAAUGGAGAAAGAAGAAGUGAGAAAAGGGCCAUGGACUGAACAAGAAGAUACUCAGCUUGUUUUCUACGUGAACUUAUUUGGUGAUCGCCGAUGGGAUUUCGUUGCAAAAGUUUCAGGUUUGAAGGUUGGCGGGAGACACAAUAUAUAGGUUUGAAACGAACCGGCAAGAGCUGCAGGCUGCGGUGGGUUAACUACCUUCACCCGGGCCUCAAACGAGGCAAAAUGACUCCCAACGAGGAGCGUCUCGUCGUCGAGCUUCAAUCCAAAUGGGGAAAUAGGUGGUCGAGGAUUGCCCGGAAACUGCCCGGCCGCACGGACAACGAGAUCAAGAACUACUGGAGGACCCACAUGAGGAAGAAGGCUCAAGAGAGCAAGAAGAAGAAAGCCUCUUCUUCUUCCUCGUCGUCUUCGACUACCUCUUCUUCUUCGUCUUCAUCUUCAUCUUCCAACUCCUCCUCCUCGUCCGCCCCCAACAGCCCUAGGCCGGGGGACUCUGCCCCGGCCAAGGGGAAGCCAGCGGGGGCCGAGGGGGAGCGGAGUUUUUACGACACCGGUGGGGUGGAACUAGCCGCAACUGCUGCGAGUUUGGUGGUGGAAGAAGGGAGCAAGGUUUACUCCAUGGAUGAUCUAUGGAAAGAAUUCGAGUUUCCGGAGGAGAACUGCGCGCUCACCGCACAGACAGUGGCCUCUCCCAUAUGGGAUUACUGCCCAAAUGACUCCUUGUGGUGUAUGAGUGAAGAAGAAAGCAAGAUGUUGAUGAUGCAGCAGCAGCAGCAGCCUGUGGGUGAUCAUCACUUUCAAUCUUUCCCUUUUUGCAAUUAUAUGAUUGGCUAACUAGAAAACAAGUUUUAAUUUUACAUGAUAUGAUGAUAAAGAAGAGAGGAGAAUUUGUUGAUACAAGUAAGUAGGUGUCAUAAGGGAAUGGGGGUUGUAAUUAGCUCUCCUUGUAUAUUUUGAUUUAGGCUACUUUUCUAAUGUGUUUCUUCAGCAUUUUCUGUUUAAAGUCAGUGUAAUCAAAUCAUGCAUCUAAUGUGUGAACGCUAUAAACAAGUUUGUUUCAUGCUCAA